GCGCGGCGGGCCGGGCCUGGGCUAGGGCUGGGCCGGGAGCGCGGCGCAGCGGGUCCCCCUAACCGACUCCUCCUCCACCCAGGCCCGCCAUGUCGGCUGCGCCCGGCCUCCUGCACCAGGAGCUGUCCUGCCCGCUGUGCCUGCAACUGUUCGACGCGCCCGUGACAGCCGAGUGUGGCCACAGUUUCUGUCGCGCCUGCCUGGGCCGCGUGGCCGGGGAGCCGGCGGCGGAUGGCACCGUUCUCUGCCCCUGCUGUCAGGCCCCUACGCGGCCGCAGGCACUCAGCACCAACCUGCAGCUGGCGCGCCUGGUGGAGGGGCUGGCCCAGGUGCCGCAGGGCCACUGUGAGGAGCACCUGGACCCGCUGAGCAUCUACUGUGAGCAGGACCGCGCGCUGGUGUGCGGAGUGUGCGCCUCACUCGGCUCGCACCGCGGUCAUCGCCUCCUGCCCGCCGCCGAGGCCCACGCACGCCUCAAGACGCAGCUACCACAGCAGAAACUGCAGCUGCAGGAAGCAUGCAUGCGCAAGGAGAAGAGUGUAGCUGUGCUGGAGCAUCAGCUGGUGGAAGUGGAGGAGACAGUGCGUCAGUUCCGGGGGGCUGUGGGGGAGCAGCUGGGCAAGAUGCGGGUGUUCCUGGCUGCACUGGAGGGCUCCUUGGACCGCGAGGCAGAGCGUGUGCGGGGUGAGGCAGGGGUCGCCUUGCGCCGGGAGCUGGGGAGCCUGAACUCUUACCUGGAGCAGCUGCGGCAGAUGGAGAAGGUGCUGGACGAGGUGGCUGACAAGCCGCAAACUGAGUUCCUAAUGAAAUACUGCCUGGUGACCAGCAGGCUGCAGAAGAUCCUGGCAGAGUCUCCCCCACCUGCCCGUCUGGACAUCCAGCUGCCAAUCAUCUCAGAUGACUUCAAAUUCCAGGUGUGGAGGAAGAUGUUCCGGGCUCUGAUGCCAGCGCUGGAGGAGCUGACCUUUGACCCGAGCUCUGCGCACCCGAGCCUGGUGGUGUCUUCCUCCGGCCGCCGAGUGGAGUGCUCGGAGCAGAAGGCGCCGCCGGCGGGGGAGGACCCGCGCCAGUUCGACAAGGCGGUGGCGGUGGUGGCGCACCAGCAGCUCUCCGAGGGCGAACACUACUGGGAGGUGGAGGUGGGCGACAAGCCGCGCUGGGCGCUGGGCGUGAUCGCGGCCGAGGGCCCCCGCCGCGGGCGCCUGCACGCGGUGCCCUCGCAGGGCCUAUGGCUGCUGGGGCUGCGUGAGGGCAAGAUCCUGGAGGCUCACGUGGAGGCCAAGGAGCCGCGCGCUCUGCGCAGCCCGGAGCGGCGGCCCACGCGCAUCGGCCUCUACCUGAGCUUCGGCGACGGCGUCCUCUCCUUCUACGAUGCCAGCGACGCCGACGCGCUCGUGCCGCUUUUUGCCUUCCAUGAGCGCCUGCCUGGGCCCGUGUACCCCUUCUUCGACGUGUGCUGGCACGACAAGGGCAAGAACUCCCAGCCGCUGCUGCUCGUGGGGUCCGAAAGCGCCGAGGCCUGAGCCGCCGGACGGGUCGGGGAGGGGCGCAGGGACCUGGGUUGGAGCUUAGGUCUCCUUGGUAGGGUCUGAAGGGAGAAGGGUGGGGAGCGGGUUGCCAGGGCCCAGGGAGCUGGGAACUGGGGGGGUCUCCCAGAAUACUGACGUGGGGGUAGGACUGGCUUGGUGGCUCAUGCCUGUAAUCCCAGCACUUUGGGAGACGGAGUCGGGUGGAUCACCUUAAGUAAGGAGUUCAAGACCAGUCUGGGCAACAUGGUGAAACCCGUCUCUACUAAAAAUACAAAAAUUAGCUGGGCGCAGUGGUGUAGCCUGUAAUCCUAGCUACUUAGGAGGCUGAGGCAAGAGAAUUGCUUGAACCCAGGAGUUGGAAGUUGCAGUGAGCAGACAUUGCGCCACUGCACUCUAGCCUGGGCGACAAGAGUGAGACUUUGUCU